UAAAAGUACUUCAUCAUUAUCCAUUAAUGGCGGAGGCGCGUGGGCGCGAGUGUGAAGUUGCCGUCGUCAUCGUUCCACUCCCCGCCCAAGGCCACCUCAACCAGCUCCUCCACCUCUCCUGCCUCAUCUCCUCCUACAACAUCACCGUCUCCUUCCUCGCCUCUCCCCUCCACACCCGCCAGGCCAAAGCUCGCAUCAAUGGCGUCCACCCCCACCUCCUCGCCAAAAUCCACUUCCACCAAAUCCCCCUCCCCGAUUUCCCCUCUCCGCCGCCCGACCGCACCUCCCCCACCAAAUUCCCUUCCCACCUCUGCCCCUCCUUCCUCGCCACCACCGCCAUGCGCCAGCCCUUCGCCGACCACGUCCGCCACAUCUCCACCCGUUACAGACGCGUUGUCGUCGUCCACGACUCCAUGAUGUCCUUUGUCGUUCAGGACGUCCCCUCCAUCCCCAACGCCGAAACCUACGCACUGAACUGCAUCUCCGCCUUUUCUCUCUCCUACUUCGCCUGGAAACCCACCGACUCGCCGCCGCCGCCCGCCGCCGCUGACCUCUUCGCAGAGCUGCCGUCGUUCGAAGGAUCCGUAACGGAUGAAAUUCAGCAAUUCACACAUCUACAAUAUAAAGCCCUAAAUCACAGAUCAGGCGAUUUGUACAACACCUGCAGAUUAAUCGAAUCCCCAUUUCUCGAAACCCUACAGAUCGACGCCGGAAAUCGGAAGAGUUGGGCAAUUGGCCCGAUUCUGCCCCCCAACCCAUCUUCAAAACGACACCACAAAUCCUUACAGUGGCUGGAUAAACACGAACCAGAUUCAGUUCUCUACAUCUCAUUCGGCACGACGACGACAAUGUGUGACGAAGAAAUAGCAGAGCUUGCAAAAGGAUUAGAGCAAAGUAAAGUGAAGUUUCUAUGGGUACUAAGAGAAGCCGACAAAGGAAACAUAUUCUCCGGCGAGCCCCGCCGGGCUGUUCUGCCGGAAGGGUUCGAGCAGAGGGUGGAAGGCGUGGGCCUCGUGGUGCGUGACUGGGCGCCGCAGCCGGAGAUUUUGGCGCAUCCGGCGACGGGGGGAUUCGUGAGCCAUUGCGGGUGGAAUUCGUGCAUAGAAAGUAUUAUGAUGGGGGUGGCGAUGGCGGCCUGGCCUAUGCAUUCCGACCAGCCGGCGAAUGCGGCGUUGGUAACCAGAGUGCUGAAAACAGGGCUGCUGGUGAGGCCGUGGAGUGGGGAUAAGGAAGUGGUGAAGGCUUCGAGUAUUGAGAGUGUUGUGAGACGAUUAAUGGCGUCGGAGGAAGGCGAUGGGUUGAGGAGUAGGGCGAAGGAGGUCGGCGCCGCCGUGCAGAGGGCGGUGCAGCCUGGGGGAGCUUCUCGGCUCGAACUCGAUUCCUUCAUUGCCCAUAUCACAAGAUAGGCAUGGCAUGAGUAUAACAUAUAGCACAGCUUGAACCCACCAAAUCCAUCAAAUUAAAGGAUAUAUGGACGAAAGUAGCAUCAUUUCCGGAUUAAAGAAUACUCGUAUAUGCAAGGAACUUUGAUCAUUGUAAAAAAAUAUAAUAAAGUUCAUUUAAACUAUAUAAAUAAAUAUUAUCCUUAGGAUUAGGAUGUAUAUAUGUAAUCGUGAUAACUGAGUUUUGAGAUCCACGGAAAUAAGUCUUCAUGAGUGCAAUUGAUUAUGAAACAAAUUUUCAAGAA